AUGUAUGAAGACGGACGUGACGAUGUCAGCUAUCCCACAGAUGCCAUUGUCAGAGAAUCCCACGCUACCGAGAGGAGCUUUGCCACAUAUCGUACAGAUGACUCCGUUCGCUAUCUGAGCCAUGAUACCACCAUCGACCACACGCGACCUCGACGGCAGCAAGGAAUGGCGAAACAUCUACUGCAGAAGCUCAGUCAGAGCGGCAGAACUGUUCCCAUCAAGAGCUGGUUGUCUCGAGUGUCUUGGCGAAAAGAGAAAUACGGGUCUUUGUCCUGA